AUGAUGGACGCGAACCUUAUGCUGCAGGUGAAGGCCGCGCUCUCCAAGGCAGACGUGAAGCACCUGGCUCCAGAGAUACUGACGAUCUGCGGGGGCAGGCUGGACCCCUUCGACUUUCUGAUGGCGAAGGAACAGCACCGUGACCUGUACUACUCGGGCCAGAUGUGUGUGCACAUGCACUCAGAGAGGGUCGAGAUCGACGAGGCGGAGAAGGGGGGCGCGGAGGGCGAGGCCAAGAGGGUGAUGGGCGACGAGGACCUCCUGAAGUGCGUGCUGUUCCUCCUCAACAUGGACGUUCCCGCGCCCUAG